UUCUUUCAAUCCUACCUUUCCUUCCCUGCCUUUGAAUCUGCCGUCAAACCCCACAAACAAACCCAGAAGCCCCUCCUCCCAUAGAAAAAAUGGAUACCAAUUAUCAUGGCUUACCUCCCCUCAAGAGAUUCAGACUCAUCCAACAGCAACAAGAGCUCCAGAAUCAACAGCGACAUCACAAUCACGGUCGCAAAACUCAGGAUGAAGGCGCCAGUGUCUCUGGCUCAACCUUACCGGCAAAGAAGCGUAAAGAAUCUCGAGAUUCAACAUUUCUUUCUGAUUCGGCAGUUUCAGUUUGUGUCAACACUUAUUCGUUACCGGCUAAGAAACGGGUAUGGGCUCUUCAACCUGAUUUUGGUUCCGAUGUCGGCGUUUCUUCUAUUGACCUUAAUGUUGAAUACAAACCAUCGAUUGAGGAAGAAGUAAAAUCAAUAGAUGAUGAAGCGAAUGAUACUGAAAUUCCACCUGUAGCAAAUUCCCUCGAUGUUGAAAAUGAGAAUGAGAAUGAAAUUCAAAAUACUGAAGAUGUUGAUGAAGAUGAUGAGGAUGGGAUUGUAUGUGCUGUAUGUCAAAGCACAGAUGGGGAUCCAUCAGAUCCAAUUGUUCUCUGUGAUGGGUGUGAUCUAAUGGUUCACGCCGCAUGCUAUGGCAAUCCGCUUGUAAAAGGAAUUCCAGAGGGUGAUUGGUUCUGUGAAACAUGCAGAGUUUCAUCGUCUUCUGAAACUAAGAAUGAUGAUGAAAACAACAUUUCUUGUUGUCUCUGUCCUGCAAAGGAAGGGGCUAUGAAACCUACUGUAGAUGACCGGUGGGCCCAUAUUGUGUGUGCUCUUUUAGUGCCUGAGGUGUUUUUUAAGGACCCAGAAGGAAGAGAAGGGAUUGAUUGCUCAAAGGUUCCCAAGAAGAGGUGGUCUGAGAAGUGUUACAUUUGUGAAUCUUCAAAUGGGUGUGCCAUUGUGUGUUCUGAGAUCAAGUGUCCUUUGGCAUUUCAUGUCACCUGUGGAUUGAAAGAGGAUCUUAGCAUCGAGUAUCGUGAAGGGAAGAAGAGCACUACCAUCGUUGCUGGUUUCUGCAGAGGCCACACUGAAUUAUGGAGAAAGCAACAGCUAUCUGGAAAAUACAAAAUCGUUGCUGAAGAAAACAAGUAGCAAUACUAGUCAC